CUGUAGUUGGUAGCUCUGCUACCGAAUGACGAGGACGAAAUGCCCGCGAUGACGCUCCCGAGCUACGUAAUUCGCGGUUUGCGCGAGGUUGGCGGUUUAUACGGACGAUGAAAGGGUCGGGGGGACUGCCGCUGUCGGCACUCCGGAACGCACCAGCCGGCGGAUAUCGAGAGGCGCGAGGCUGGAUAAUCUCGAGGUCGUGGGAGCUGGAGCCCGGAGAGUGUUGUCGCGAGGCAGCGUGAGGAAGGGAAAAAGAGUAAAGAAGCGGCUAAGUUCACGAGCUGCGAAUAAUGGCGGUUGCCAGGGCGAACUUUGAUUCCUGGCUGAAUACGAAGCUGCAGGAGCUGAAGACCGACGAGGGUGUAUUUGGAUCAUAUAUAAAGGGCAUCCUGGAGGGUGACGAGACGGAUGAUGAGAAGACUGAGGCGCUUGAGGGAAUUUUCGCAGGCAUAACGGAAGAUAAUAUUCAGAAGCACACAACCGAGGUGCUGGAGGCCUGGGCGAAGUGGGGCCAGGUCGAGGAGACACCCAUUGACAAUACGCCAAAGGAAGAUGUGGAUGUGCGAUUGGCACGCAUGCUGGAGACUCAGAGUCUGCCAACCACCUCCCACAAGAGUACCUAUACAGAGGAGGAGAAACGAAUAAAAGAGGCUAUAUUAGCGCAAUACAGUCAGACGUUGGAUAAGGAGGAGAGCGAGAGCGAGGGUGACAUGGACGGCGGUGGUGGAGUUGGUGGUGGCGGAGGUGAUUCAGGUCUGGAAAAGAAUACCAAUGCAGCGGCCAUUGUGCAGGCGUUAAGGUUGCAGAGAGAGAGGGCCAAGCUAGAAAGCCAGAGGAAGAAGGAGAAGGAUAAGGAGGAUCGAGAAAAACAGAAGCAGCUUAAGGAGGAGAAGAAGGAGAAGCGCAAGACCCAAAAAGGUGAAAGAAGAAGGUAGCAUCGAUUAAGAAACCAAGGGCUUACGUGGAAUGUUCCGAUCGAGGAAUGCUUUUGUAUUUUCCUCUACGCUCCGCUCAUUCUGGGUCAUGAACAUUUCGUUUGCUCUCCAUUAAAGUGGUACCUGAUCUCCAUGAUGAUGUAUCAUGUCUCGAUGCCAAUGCAACUCGUAACUAUUUAUGUUCACUAAAAUCGUUAUACGAUAAGUAAAGAGUCAUUGCAAUUGCCAUGGCUAUUGUCUUAUAGCUCGAGUACCUUGCGUGACCAUAUCAAUGGCAAUUUCAUUUAAUUACCCAUCUUGUCAUUCUUCGACAAACUUCUGCUUAAAGAGCGGGCCUUGUUUGCCUCAAAGCCCAAGCCAUGUAUGUAAUGCGAUCAUAAUAAAUAAAUUAUUU